AUGGCGGCCGACGCUGGGCGAAAGUCGCUCCGGGAUCUCGUUUUCAAACAGUCUGGUUUCCUGGUGAAUCCUCUCCAGUGGACUGCCCGCCAUCUAGACCUGGUGGGGUGUCGAUUCGAAGAUGCCGACCCUGCCCCUGUCCCUGCCCCAACCCACACCGAAUCUACUCAAGACGAGACCAGGAACAAUGGUGGCAGUGGCCCUGUCAAAAAGCCGCGAAGCGAUGCCGAAAUCAUGUCAAUGAACCUGGCUCCUGUCAUCAAGCGUUGUCAUCUCGCCAACAUAUUGGAAGGCGAGGAGCGCGCGUUCACAUCCCACCGGUACGAUCUGGGAGAACGACUGAUCGAUUCAUAG